GCUCCAGCGAUAUUCAUUGACAAGAAACGCUUGAGUACUUUAGUGACCCUUCUAUCAUGUCAUGUCUUGUACAACUAGAUGCAGAUGCUAUUCGAGGUUCCGAGAACGUAUUGGACAGAUACGAAGCUUCGACUUCACCAUGAUGUAAGUAGCUAAGUCGCACUAUAAGUCGUCGUAUCUUCACAACUACUCAACAAGGGUCAACUGAAAUAAAGCCCCCAACUCGACGUCCACCAGCUCACUACUUCUAUUUCACUUCAACGAGAAGAUGUCUUCCUCGAACAAUCAGUAUCAGCAGCAGAACCUGUUCUCCUUCAUGCCUAAGCGUGAACCACCGAAACUGUCGGAAGACGGGUCCACUAGCAACACCAUGAAGCGCCGGAAGGUGGACCAGGUGCAGGGCGUGCCCACGCCCGCCAAAGGAGGUUCGUCCGCCUCGCAGAAGGGCCCGGAGGCUGCACCUCCAGAUGCUCCUGCUCCGGCGGAGCAAGUAGUUCAGCCAAUGCAGCAGGUGGAAAUGCAGAAGCAAGGUACGACCGUUGCGGCCAGCGCUGCAGCCUCCUCGUCGUCGCCAAGUGCGGGUAAGACAAAGAACGUUAGACCAGCGGCGGAAAGAGCUUCAGUAUCCGUUUCCGGUGGCGGCGUCGCUCCCUCCUCGUCUGCGCAAGUACAAAGCAACAAGAUCCAGCCUGCAGCGAUGAAGCAAGCCUCGUCCUCCUCCUCGUCUUCCUCUUCUUCGACCAGAAUACCAGUGGAAAACCGGCUCCAAACGAGCUCGCACUGGAAAAAGGAGGUCGGCGGGGAGAUGACCGCAGCCGCUAGUAGUUCUUCCUCCACCGCGGCUGCGGGUCGUGGUGCAGCUGGAGCACCAGAUGCAACAGCGAAUAACAAGACGACUGCCGACGCGCUAAAAGCAGAGGCGAAGCAGAACACGAAUUUGCUGGCCGCGUCCCGCGCCACGAAGAACCAGAACACGUUCUUCAACCAGAUUCAGUUCUUCCACUCCACCGCGCUCGCGCACCACCAGUGGCCAAAGUGGCUGGUGCCGGAAAACAUCCGGGAUAAGGCGGGCAAGCGACCGGAUGACCCGGAGUACGACCAGACCACACUGCACGUCCCCGACAUGUCGGACCCGAAGAGGGUGAAGGAGAUGGAGAAGGACGAGGACACCAAAAAGUGGGUCACGCCGAUGAUGCGGCAGUACUGGGCCAUCAAGAAGGACAACUUCGACAAAAUUCUGCUCUUCAAAGUUGGCAAGUUCUACGAGGUGUUUUUCUACGACGCGUAUCUAGCGCAGCACAUCUGCCAAUUCAAGUGGAUGGGCAAGGACCCGAGACCGCACGUCGGGUUUCCCGAACCCGCCUUGCACCCCAACGCGGUGAAACUGGUCGAGGCGGGAGUGUGUUCGGUCGUGGUGGAGCAGGUGAGCUCGUUCGUUGUGGGGGUUUUCAUUCUUGUGUAGGUAACAUGAGGAAUCUGCAUUAUUUUUCCGCAAUAAUACAAAAUCAGUACUCGUCGGUUCUUUCGAAUGGUGCUGUUGACACUUAAAAUUACGGAGCCAAAACAUUUCUAUAAUUUUCAGAUCGAAACCGUGGAGGAGGCCCAGCGCAAGCACGCGGAGCGGAAAGCCAAAGACUCGAAAAUCGGGUCCACGGUGACCGUGGAGCGCGGGGCGUGCGAAGUUUUUACGCCCGGAACCCUGCUCCACGACGACAUGCUACAGAACCGCGGCCAGGACGCGAACUACUUGUGCAUUUUGAGGCAGGAUACGGAACAUGAGUACCACUUCGGCGUGGUGCUGGUCGACGUGGCCACGGGGCAGUACAGGAUCGGGUUUCUGCGGGAUACGGAAGACCGGCAGCAAUUGCGCACCAUGCUCUCGCAGACCCAGCCGAGCGAGGUGGUGUACCAGCCGAAGAACUUGUCGAGCUCGGUGAUCAAAAUGUUGAAGACGAUGCCGUUGAAGCCCGCCUGCAUCCCCUACGACGACAAGGUCGAGAAGGUGGCCCAGGCGCAGGCGCUGGUAGAAGAAAACUACGGGAAAGCCGUAUCCUGAGUAAAAACGUACCCACACCAGAGUCAAGAUGGGGAUUUUGCAACACAAACCUCGGAGUUUUGGGAGUCACGCAUGACAAGUUGCACUAUGCAGUGUAGUGCAGGUUAGCAAGUGCAGCCGCGUCACAGAUUCAUCUGCUUAUCCUGUUCACAGCAUCACAAAUUCCAAAACACGACUGGACAUGGCUCUCAUGGGGAUGCGCAUUACAAGUCUUCCUCCCUUUGCAAAUCUGCAUUACAACUCUGGUGUGGGUACGUUUUUACUCAGGAUAAGCCGGGGGUGACAAGACAAACAUGGACGUCGAUGACGUUUUGCUCAAUGCGGCGAGCAGUACUACUGUUUCUUUAUGUGAAGCAGGAGUUUGAUCAUAUAGGUGCAGUUAUACGAAACCUGAAGAUCGUCUCGAUUGUCAUGAUUUCAUACGACGAUGGGUACAACCUGCCCUACUCAAUACUUCAGAUCCCUGUAAAUUCUCUUCGUGAAACGGGCGAAGCCGAAGUAGGUAUGAAAUUCAACAUAUGCAAGUAAGUUGGAUCUCAAUCUCUUUCUCUACUAUCUCAGCCUUCGCCCUGGCCGUGAGUUUCAGAUACCUUGAGUUCGUGCUUCUGAAGAACAACGUGCUCCCCGUCGCCCGGUGGGAAGUUUACGACACCGCUAGCGUCGGAAAGAAGUACAUGAUCCUGGACGCCACGGCGCUGGACAACCUGGAAAUUCUGCGCCGGACCGACGGCAAAUACGAGGGGUCUCUGCUCCACUUCGUGGACAAAACCUCCACCGCGUUCGGGUAUCGACUGCUGAAGAAGUGGCUCGUGGCCCCCUUGAUGGAUGUAAAGGAAAUCAAGAAGCGACAGGACAUCGUCGAUUUGUUUCUCAACGUCCCGGCGAAUUCAGAAUGCUGCAGCGUGUUGAAAUUGAAACUGAAAAAACUCCCGGACAUGGAGCGGCUCUUCACAAAACUUUGCUCCCUCGGGACCACACUGCAAACCCGGAAAGCGGUGCUGUACCAGGACUACAUUGGCAAGCGAAUUUCGGAGUUUUUCUCCUUGCUCGAGGCGUUCAGCACGUGUCAAGGUCUGAUCGAGGCGUUUCGAAACAGUUUACAGGUGGUGAACGAAGAGGACGAGGACGGGGACCAGGUAAUGGCAGCGAGUGACCAUCAGCAAGGUAAUGUUAAAUCGAAACAGCUUCCGGAACGACUACAGACCUUGCUGACCUACCAGAAGGACGGGGGCACGUUUCCGGAUUUGCAGCCGUUGAACGAGGAUUUUAUGAACAACUACGUGGAUGCGGAAGGCGAGGGGAAAAAGCAGUCGUUCACACCGAAAGUGGGAAAAUCCAAGGAGUAUGACGGCUUGGUGGCGAAAAGGGCAGAAAUCACGGACGCGUUAGAGGCGGAGUAUCAGCUCGUUGUGUUAUACAAUUCUUCUCUGGUCGCAGCUCCAGGAUUCUUCACGGAGCAUCUUCGUGUGAACUGAAAAUAUGUCUUUGGCCGCGGCUUGGCCGGCUUGACAUUGCCCGGCUUAACAUCAAUGAACAAAAAACCAACUGCACACGACGACGCACUGCAUUUACUUUAUUGAAAAAUGUCAGGUUGGAGAAGCUCCAGAAAUCGUUUCCCAAUGUGGACAUGAAGUACAUCCACCGCCUACCCGCUUACCGCUACGAGGUGGAAGCGCCCGAAAACGUGCUGCCUCCGAAGUUCACGCAAAACGCUGAGAAGUGCCAACAUACUUCGAGUCGCAAGAAUUUCAUUCGCUUCCACACACCGACAAUUGUGGAAAAGGUAGCUUUGUUUCGUGGUGCUGGUACACAAAUAUCUAUUGCGAAGCGCUACUAGUAGUACAACUGACGCAACAUUUUUUGUUCCAACGAACGAGCGUGCGGCAGUUGCUGACCACGCAUCGGAUCUGCUCGGUCUAAUGAACUGCCGCGUCGAAAGAAGACAGACUUGUCAUUCCAAAGUUCCUGCAUUCAUUUUACAGCUCAAAGAGCUUGACGAGGCCGACAACAAACUGCGCGACUCCAUGUACCCCUACGCUGCCAGCAUGUUUCGCGAGUUCCACAAGUACAAGGCGCACUACUCCGCGGCCCUGCAGUGCGUUGCGGAAGUCGAUGUGUUUCUCUCCAUGGCGCAAGCGUCCGCCUUCUCGCCAAACGGGGACAUGGUCCGCCCGGAGUUCGUACCGGUGAAGGAUGCGCAAAAGGUGUGGAAAUAAGGGAGUCAUUUUUUACUUCUACCAAAGUGAUUUUUGUAUAGAUACGAUUACGAACGAAAACGUGCGCACAUGAAAGCAAAGUGCUAGUAUCGGCUGUGCAAUGGUCGCAGCUGCUUGUUGUGCUCCGUAGAACAAGCGUAUAAUGCUGUUAAUAAAUAAGUUAGUAACAACAUCACCAUCAGGACCUUCCCGUGCUGGACCUCCGUGACGGGCGGCACCCGGUGCAGGAAGCCCAGACCCCCGGGUUCGUCCCCAACGACACCACCAUCCCCGGCAAACCCAGCAUCCUUCUGGUCACCGGGCCGAACAUGGGCGGGAAGUCCACCAUUCUCCGGCAAGCCGCGCUGGCCGUGAUUCUCGCACAAACCGGGUUCCGCGUGCCCGCCAGCCGCUUGCUUCUCACGCCAGUGGACCGGAUCUUCACGCGGGUCGGGGCGCAGGAUUCCUUGAUUGAGGGCAAAUCCACGUUUUUGAUGGAACUGGAAGAGUGCGGCUGCAUCCUCCGCGAAGCGUCGAAGUUUUCUCUCGCGGUGAUCGACGAACUGGGUCGCGGGACGAGUACUUUUGACGGGGCGGCCAUUGCGUUGGCGGUUUUGGAGUAUUUAGCUUCCGUCAUCAAAUGCCGCACUCUCUUCGCUACCCACUACCACCUGCUCGGCACGCACCAAUCGGAGGAAAUCGCGCCGUUUUUCAUGGACGUGGACUCCACCAGCUCGGACGAAUUGAUCUUUCUCUACAAGCUGGUCAAAGGUUUAUGUCCCGACUCCCACGGCCGGAACGUGGCGAAACUGGCCGGGCUGCCGCAAUCGGUCGUCGAGGACGCGAGCCGGAAGUCGGUCGAGUGGGGCAAGGAGCACGAGUCGCAGGGCCCGGAGUUGCUGUUGCAGCAGAUUGUCAGUUUGGCGGAAAAGAAAGACAAGCAGGCACUGGCGAACCUGUUUGACAACCGGAAGGAGUGGGCGAGGUGCUUGUGAUUUGUAAUGGAAAUUUUUAUCGUCAUCGUAGAGAUGUCAGCAUCUUCAAUCGAUGGAGCAGAUGGAACAAGUACCAAUUGCGCUGCUAGAAGUUGAUACAACAAAACAAGAAAAGCAACUGUUUUGAGCUUUCACUAGACUGCCCAAAGUAGGACGACGACGGCACAGAUUACUAAAUUUCACGCUUUAUAUUCUUUCUCCCCUCAGGUUUUUGUCAAUUGUGAUUGUCAUGUUCAUUUUCCCCGACGAACACAGAGAGCAUCAAACAUGAUUAACUUGUUGUUCACUGGAGCAUGAU